AUGGCUUCUGACCUUCAGAUCGGCACUCGCUUGGGCGGUCCACAGAAGAAGGGUUUGUACAAGGAGUUGCGCCAGAAUCCGUACCUUCUUGGUCUAUCAGCUUUUGCCUCGCUUGGCGGCUUUCUCUUUGGCUAUGACCAAGGUGUGGUUUCCGGAGUCUUGACCAUGGAGAGUUUUGCAGCAGCCUUCCCCCGCAUUUCAUACGACAGCUCAUUCAAGGGAUGGUUCGUCUCAUCUCUGCUAUUGGCAGCAUGGUUGGGAUCUCUCGUGAAUGGCCCCGUUGCAGAUCGCUUUGGUCGGAAAGGUUCCAUCAUGAUUGCAGUCGUCAUCUUCACCAUCGGUUCCGCGCUCCAAGCUGGUGCAAUUAACAUUGAAAUGGCCUUUGCUGGACGCGCUAUUGCUGGCUUUGCUGUGGGAAUGUUAACGAUGAUUGUUCCGAUGUACAUGAGCGAAGUUUCCACCGCCGGUAUCCGAGGAACAUUAGUCGUUCUACAGCAGCUUUCGAUCACUCUCGGUAUCCUUGUGUCAUACUGGCUCGAAUAUGGCACACAAUAUAUAGGCGGUCCACGAUGCGCACCAGAUAUUCCUUAUACUGGUGGGACCAUGGACGAACCAGCUUUCGACCCACGCACAGAUGUCGGUCCGAACGGCUGCACUGGGCAGUCUGAUGCAUCAUGGCGUGUCCCGUUCGCCCUGCAAAUCUUCCCCGGUCUCGUGCUUGGGAUUGGCAUGAUCUUCUUUCCAGAGAGCCCUAGGUACUACUGCAUGCGCGAUAAUGACGAAGCCGGCGUUCGAGCUCUUGCCAAAGUUCGUCAAACCAGACCCGAUGACGAGCUGCUCCAGAAGGAAUACCUUGCUAUCAAGGCGGAGGUCAUUUUUGAACAGCAGUAUGCACGCGAAAAGUUCCCCGGCAAAUCUGGCGUGUCUCUCUACCUGGCUGGAUACUCAACCCUCUUCUCGAAUUGGCCAUCAUUUAGACAACAGGCAAUUAUCUAUUAUGCCCCCACCAUUUUCGGCCAGCUCGGCUUGUCCGGCAAGACGACUGGUUUGCUAGCUACUGGAGUGUAUGGAAUUGUCAAUACUCUCUCCACUCUUCCAGCACUGUUCUUGAUUGACAAGAUUGGUCGCCGUCCACUCCUCUUGUCUGGUGCUGCGGGAACCUUCAUCUCCCUCUGCAUAGUGGGUGGGGUCAUUGGAGGCUACGGCAACACUCUCAAGGACCACCCCGCAGCUGGCUGGACAGGAAUCGCCUUUGUUUACAUCUACGAUGUCAACUUCUCGUACUCUUGGGCUCCCAUCGGAUGGGUACUACCGUCGGAGAUUUACAACAUCGGAAACCGUUCCAAGGCCAUGUCGCUGACCACGUCGUCGACAUGGAUGUGCAACUUCAUAAUUGGGCUCGUCACACCUGACAUGCUUGAGACUAUCGGCUACGGAACGUACCUUUUCUUUGCCGCUUUUGCGCUUAUCGCAUUCUUCUUUACCUGGUUCCUGAUACCUGAGACGAAGGGGAAAACACUAGAAGAGAUGGAUGCUGUGUUCAAAGACACUACAGCUCACGAAGAAAAGACGAGACUUUACAACAUUGCUCAAACCCUCGGCCUCGAGGAAGCAGAAAACGCCGCUUUCGACGAGAAGCCACACAAAGCUCUGCAAACAGAGAUGACGGGGCCGUAG